AUGGAGAAAGAAAUAGACAAAUCACAUGCAGAACCAGAGAAAGAAAUAGAAGAAUCUAAGGUAGAAACAGAGGAGUCUGGUGCAGAAAUAGAGAAAGAAAUAGACAAAUCCAAUGCCGAAAUGGAGAAAGAAAUUGAGGUAUCUGAUUCAGAAAUGAUCAAAUUCAAUGGAGAAAUGGAGAAAGAAAUUGAGGAAUCGAAGGCAGAAAUGGAGACAGAAAUAGAGGAGUCUGUUACAGAAAUGGAGAAACGACUAGACAAAUCCAAAGUAGAAAUUAAGGAUGAAAUAGACAAAUCCAAUGCUGAAAUGGAGGAAGUAAUAGAGGAAUCGGAUGCAGAAAUGGAGACAGAAAUAAACCUAUUCAAUUCCAUAAUGGAGAAAGAAUUAGAGGAAUCGAAGGCAGAAAUAGAGGAGUCUGUUAAUACAGAAAUGGAGAAAGGAGUAUAUGUGGACAAAUCCGAUGCAGAAAUGGAUAAUGAAAUAGAAGAACCAGAUGCAGAAGUGGAGAAAGAAAUAGAGGAAUCUAUUAAGGUAGAAAUGAAGGAAGAAAUAGAGGAAUCUGACAUUGAAAUGGAGAAAGAAAUAGACAAGUCCAAUGCAGAAUUUGAGAAUAAAAUGGACAAAUCCAAGGCCAAAAUAGAGAAAGAAAUAGAGCAAUUUGAUGCAGAAAUAGAGGAAGAAAUCAAGGAGUCUGAUCCAGUAAUUGAGAAAGAAAAAUACAUAACUGAUACAGAAAUUGAGAAAGAAAUAGCCAAAUUUGAUGCAAAAAUAGAGACAGAAAUAGAGGAGUCUCCUACAGAAAUUGAGAAAGAAAUAGAUAAAUCUGAUACAGAAAUAGAGAAAGAAAUCGACAAAAGUGAUGCAGAAAUAGAGAGACCUGAUUCAGAAAUGGAGAAAGAAAUGGACAAAUCUGAUGCAGAAGUGGAGAAAGAUAUAGAGGAAUCUAAUGCAAAAAGAAACACUAAAGAAUCUGACUCAAAUGGAGAUAAGGACUCUGACACAGACAUGGGAGAAAUUCUCUCAAUUGAUGCACGUACAAUACUUGAUGUACUUGUUGAUACUUAUGAUAGAGAAAUUGAUGCAAACACUGCGGAAACUGGAGACCGUGACUUUGACAUUCCAAACACAGAAAUUAGAGAAAUAGACUCAGAUCCUACGGAGGUAAAUGACUACGAUGCAGACAGAGAUAUUGAGGAAAUUGUCUCAAUUCAUGCAGAAAUUGGAGAUAUUGACUCUGAUAUUGGAAAUUCAGUAAUAGGAGAAAUUGACUCAGAUAAUACUGAUAUAGAGGGUGAGGAAUUUAACUCUGAAGAAGCAGAUACAGAAGAUGAAGAAAAUGAUGAUAAUUCAGAAACAGGAGAAACUAACUCAGAUGAUACCGAAACAGAAACAGAAGAAGAAUCUGAUGAGAGGCGUUUGACUGAUGAUGACACAGUAAGCGAAGGAGAGUUUGGCGAGACGCACAGGAAAGCAGGUGCCGACUCCAAUAUUGGACAAUUGAAAAUUUUGUAUACCAAUAGUGACUGCCUACUCAACAAACUGGAUGAACUUUCCCUGCUGCUGGAACAACGAACUAUUGAUAUUAUUGUCAUCUGUGAAUGCCUGCCCAAAAAUUGUGAUAUCAAGCUGACUGUGCAAAAUUAUCAGCUUGAAGACUAUGUCCAGUUUUUAAACAUUGACAAAGAAGAUGUAAGAGGAGUCUUGGUGUAUGUGCACAAACGUUAUGCUACUUUAGUCAAGGAAAUAUUUUUUGAGUCAAACUUCAACGAUUGUGUGUGGAUAAAUAUGAAGCUGAAGGGAAUGGACUCAUUAACUCUGGGAUGCAUUUACCGUAGUCCAACUCCAAACAUAUAUAUGUCAACUACUGAUAUGAUGACUGAGAUGCUGUGUAAAGUUGCAGAUAGCAAUCCUUCGCACCUUAUCAUCGUUGGUGACUUUAAUUACCCAAACAUCAACUGGGAGAACUGGACAUCCCAUCAUUCACAUGAACAGAAGUUUAUCGACUGCUUGAGUGACUGUUUCCUCCAUCAGCAUAUAUAG